AUGUCAAUUCAUACCUCAAAAAAAGAAAAACGAUUUCUUUUUACUUCAGAAUCUGUUGCUGAAGGACAUUCUGAUAAGAUAUGUGAUCAAAUAAGUGAUGCUGUUCUAGAUGCUCAUCUUAGUAUUGACCCAGAUGCCAAGGUGGCCUGUGAGUGUGUAGCAAAAACUGGAAUGAUUUUGCUCUGUGGAGAGAUCACAUCCCAGGCUAUAGUAGAUUACCAACAAGUUGUAAGAGAGACUCUUAAAAGGAUAGGAUAUGAUGACUCUUGCAAAGGACUGGACUAUAAGACUUGCACAGUUUUAGUGGCCUUAGAACAACAGUGCAAGGAGAUCAAGCAUGCUGUCUCCCAUGGCAAGACAGAUGAUGACAUUGGAGCAGGGGAUCAGGGUUUGAUGUUUGGCUAUGCCACUGAUGAAACUGAGGAAUGUAUGCCCUUAACACUCCUCCUGGCACACAAACUGACUGCUAGCAUAAGGGCUCUGGAACGGAAUGGAACAUGGCCCUGGGUUAGACCAGAUGGGAAAACACAGGUCACUAUGGAAUAUAAGGAGUGUAAUGGUGCACUGGAGCCCAUCCGAGUGCACACAGUUGUGAUUUCAGUACAUCAUGCUCCAGACAUCCCACUACAAAAAAUACAGAAGGAGCUAAUGGAGAAAGUUGUUAAAAAAGUCAUUCCAGGAAAGUAUCUUGAUGAGCGCACCAUUUAUCACCUACUUCCAAGUGAAAAGUUUAUAGAAGGUGGUCCUAAG